UCCAUGCGGGGUGGUGCGGGAUUGAAUGGAUUGUUGCUUAGACCUAAUUUUUAGGAAAGAUGGAGCUAAAAAGCCUAGAUAAGUGUGAGUAGGUUUGGGCUAUAAAAUCACAUGCAUAACUCAACUUGAUCACCAAAAACAAAAAGAAAUGGAAAACGGGACAAAGCAGAUAUGGGGGUUUAGGGGUAACGAAGAGCUGAAGAUUGCAUCUGAGAUUACUGUUCGAGGCUUUCUCAACUCGUUAAUGUUUCAUGUCAACAAAGAUGAUGAUAGACCAACAGUUCCUCUUGGCCAUGGAGAUCCCUCGGCAUUUCCAUCCUUUCGGACCACUGGCAUUGCCGAAGAUGCCAUUGUUGAUGCCCUUCGAACAGCUAACUACAAUUGUUAUGCACCAACUGUUGGCAUUCUUCCAGCGAGAAGGUCUAUAGCGGAUUAUCUCUCUCGGGACCUCCCAUACAAGUUGUCAGCAGAUGAUGUUUAUCUUACAAUUGGAUGCACACAAGCAAUAGAAGUCAUAUUAACUGUCCUUGCUCGCCCGGGUGCCAACAUUUUGCUUCCAAGGCCAGGCUUCCCAUACUAUGAAGCUCGCGCUGCCUGUAGCCGACUUGAAGUUCGCCAUUUUGAUCUUCUUCCUGAAAAGGGUUGGGAGGUUAAUCUUGAAGCUGUUGAAGCUCUUGCAGAUCAGAACACUGUUGCCAUGGUGAUCAUCAACCCUGGAAAUCCUUGUGGCAAUGUCUACUCACACCAACAUUUGGAGAAAAUUGCAGAGACAGCAAGAAAGCUUGGGAUUCUGGUGAUUACAGAUGAGGUUUAUAACCAUCUCACUUUUGGAAGUAAUCCCUUUGUCCCUCUGGGGACCUUUGGAUCAAUUGCACCUGUUAUUACACUAGGGUCUAUUUCAAAGAGAUGGAUUGUACCUGGUUGGCGUUGUGGUUGGCUUGUUACAAAUGAUCCAAAUGGCAUCCUUCGAAAAACUGGGAUUGUUGAUAGCAUUAAGGGCUGCCUUGAUGUCUCUUCUGAUCCUGCAACCUUCAUUCAGGGGGCAAUUCCUCAAAUCUUAGAAAAUACAAAGGAGGAUUUCUUUUCAAAAAUCAUCUACAUAAUAAGGGAAGCUGCAAAUUUGUGUUAUGAGAGAAUCAAGGAAAUCCCUUGCAUUACUUGCCCAUAUAAACCUGAAGGUUCCAUGUACACAAUGGUCAAGCUCAACCUGUGCCUACUGGAAGACAUCGGUGAUGAUAUGGAGUUCUGCCUCAAGCUGGCAAAAGAGGAAUCAGUCAUCGUUCUACCGGGGAUGGCUAUGGGGAUGAAGAACUGGUUGCGCAUAACUAUCGCCAUUGAGCUUUCCAUUCUUGAAGAUGGCCUUGCAAGGAUAAAAGCCUUCUGCCAAAGGCAUGCCAAGAACAAUAAGAUUUAGUGCUGGUGGCGAUCAAAUUCUAUGUAUUUGCAAAGACUAACAGUCUCCUUUCAAAUCACAUGCAAAAAGUGAGAGACUGAAACAAUUAAUUGGUAAUUUAUAUUCUACAAGAGAAAAUAAAGUGAAGAAGAGAAGGAAAAAACUAAUUGUUUUUUCCCAUUAUUGCACUAGUAUGUAUUUUGUGCUUAUGCACAGGAAUGAUGAAUUAUAGUGGUACUAUUGACGUUA